AUGAGGGCACUCCUACUUCUCAGUCUCCUGCUUAUGUCAAUAGGUGCCAAGGUCUAUGAGAAAUGCGAAUUUGCUCGGAUUUUGAAGGAUAAAGGAUUAGAUGGAUUUCACAGGCACAGAUUGGCGGACUGGGUGUGUAUGGUUGACAUUGAAAGUGGAUACAACACAACGUUAAAAAGACAUUACCGCUAUCUUGGAAUAAUCACAUCAACUAACUAUGGGAUUUUCCAGAUCAACAACAAGGAGUGGUGCAAUGAUGGUACACCUACAUUCAGCUACAAUCUUUGUCAAAUCAACUGUAGCAGUAAGUUGACCAACACUACAUCAAUCUUGUUUUUGUCUUGUUUGCUGGAUGAUGAUAUCACUGAUGAUAUUCAAUGUGUAAAGUCUGUGGUUGUUACUCAGCUUGGAAUGGAUAUCUGGUCUGGCUGGAAGAAGAAGUGCAUGGGGCAAGAUCUCAGUCAUCUUCUGGAUAGUUGCAGAAUGUGA